AUGCCGCCCCCGCCCGCAGCGCCCACGGCGGGGCGGCGGGCCGGGCGAGGGGCGCGCCCGGGUGUGCCGGGCCGCUCCCGGGCGGGCGGAGCCGCCGCGGCGGAGCCGGCGGAGGGGGUGCCCCGCAGCCGUGGGGCACCGAGAGGCGCUGCCCGCCCGCCCGUCCUGCCGCGCAGGUCAGUGCCGGUGCCGGUGUCAGUGCCAGUGCGGGCGCGGAGGGGCAGCCGGGGCAGCCGCGGCGCUGUGCGGGGCAGGCGGGGCGGGGCGGGCUGGGCUGUCUGCGGGGGGUGGCGCUGGGCAGCCAGGAUUGCGCGGGGUCUGCGCGGGGAGGACGCGGCGGUGGGCGGAGGUGAGGGCGCGGUGUGUGCGCGGUGCCGGGCGCCGCUCCUGCAGCCCCCCGCUGCCCCGGCGGCCGCACCGCGGGUGCGGGAUCGUGACUCCUGCACACGUAACACUUCCCUCCGCCUUCACGUCAAGCAGGUGUUUUCCGGAGAGCGAGGCGCUGCUGGCGACGCGGAGGCUCCUGAGUUUAUCCCGUGGCUGCCCCGUUUAGAAAGCACAAGUGCUCUGGCAAGACAUGGAAAGAGUGAGCAGAGUGAGAUCUGGGCUCUUCCGGUGUUGUGCCUGGAUCAUGAAUCAUUUGUCAUCUUUUUUCUCCUCCCAGGUGCUGUGCUGUCUGUUGCUUGCCGUGACUCGUGCCAAGCAUGGUGCCAGAUCAUCAACAUGUCUGAAUCGCACUCUCCUUUCCUCACCUCUAUGGAAGGGACUGUCAAUGAAACAGACUGGAGCGCUUCCAUGCCUGCUGGAAGCAGAUAUCACCUCUACAUUGGCUUGGUUUUGGCAAUAGGUUCCAGUAUCUUUAUUGGUUCUAGUUUCAUACUGAAGAAGAAAGGACUUUUGAAACUGGCAGACAGAGGAGUCACCCGAGCUGGACAAGGUGGAUAUUCUUAUUUGAAGGAAUGGCUUUGGUGGGCUGGACUGCUAUCAAUGGGACUAGGAGAAGCUGCAAACUUUGCUGCCUAUGCCUUUGCACCUGCAACCUUAGUUACCCCACUGGGUGCACUGAGUGUUCUCAUAAGUGCUAUAUUGUCAUCCUAUUUUUUAAAUGAGAAGCUGAAUAUUCAUGGAAAGCUGGGAUGUGUACUGAGCGUUUUGGGAUCAACAGUCAUGGUUAUUCAUGCCCCAGAGGAGGAAGAGGUCACCUCACUAGAUGAAAUGGAAACAAAGCUGCAAGAUCCAGCAUUUGUCACAUUUGCUGUUCUCAUAACAGUUGUUGCCCUUGUCCUAAUUUUUAUCGUGGCUCCAAAGAGAGGUCAGACAAACAUAUUGAUCUACAUUUUAAUUUGCUCGCUCAUUGGUGCCUUCUCUGUCUCAUCUGUGAAAGGCCUGGGCAUUGCCAUUAAACAAAUGCUGGAGCAGAAGCCAGUUUAUCGACAUCCGCUGGUUUACAUUUUGGUGGGCACCUUGGUGCUCUCAGUCAGCACUCAGAUCAACUAUCUCAACAAAGCACUGGACGUGUUCAACACAUCUCUAGUGACACCUAUUUAUUACGUGUGUUUCACUACAACAGUUGUGACAUGCUCCAUCAUCUUGUUCAAGGAGUGGAAUAGUAUGCAACUGGGUGAUAUCAUUGGAACCCUGAGUGGAUUCUGCAGUAUCCUCAUUGGCAUUUUCCUAUUGCAUGCCUUCAAAAAUACUAACAUCACCUGGAAUCAGCUGAUGUCCACUGUUGCCAAAGAACCAUCACCAACACGCCGUAAAUAUGAAACCAGUCACACUUUACUAGGGAGCAUGGAAGAUCCAGCUUUGGCCUAUGAGGAGGACAACAUUUUGUUCAGUCAGUGA